AUGGCAACGCCACGCCGCUGCACUGAGACACGGGAGGAGAAGAUGCCGCCGCAGAGAGUUUUCCUCAACAAAGUCGACACUUUCUCCUCCAAAUACCUCGCUAAGGUAAUUAUAGGGGAGAUGAACGGUUCUGGACCAGUUCUGGACCAGUUCUGGACCAGUUCUGGACCCGAACCCGGACCCCAGACCCGAACCCGGGGGGUAACGGUUCUGGACCCGAACCCGGGGGUUAUUAACGGUUCUGGACGGGUCCGGGUCGACCCGGAGCGGAGGUUUAACGGUUCUGGACGGGUCCGGGUCCGGGAGUUCCUAAGCCGGGUGAGAGAGCCUGAUGAUGAUGAAGAUGAAGAUGAGGAGCAGGAAGAGGAGGAUGAUGAAGAGCAGGGGGCGGAGCCAAACCUGAGAGGAAGCUUCCGAUUGGUCGGGACGGUUUCUGUUGGUUCUGAAGGGAAGAGCUUCAUCCUGGAUGAAUACCAGAUUCCCAGCAGGGAGCAGCUGCUGCAGAAGCUGCUGGAAUGUGACGUGGUGAUUUACAACGUCAGCCAGGAGGUGGAGCAGGUGGACGAGGCUGCCUGGGCCGUUACAGCUCUCCAUCGUUCCAGCAGCAGCUUUUCUGGACCGAAGCUGUUCAUCCUGGUUUCCACGGUGAUGACCUGGGCCUGCAGUGACCCGGCUGAUCCCGAGGAACCGGAUCGUCCUCUGACCGACGAGCUGUUCUGGAGACGAAGACCCCACCCCAACUUCAGGAAACACCUGGACCUGGAAGAGACGGUGCUGAAGAUGGGGAAGGAGGACCCGGCCCGGUUCUCCACGUACGUGGUGGCGUCUGGACUGCAGUUCGGGAUGGGAGAGCAGAUCCUGCAGUACUUCUUCAAGGAAUCGUGGCUGGGACAGGAACCGGACAUUCCCGUCUUUGGAGACGGCUCGAACAUCGUUCCCACGAUCCACAUCCGGGACCUGGCCAGCGUGGUCCAGAAGCUGAUCCAGAAUCCUCCCAAACCCUCCUACCUGCUGGCCGUGGACCAGUCCCACAACCGCAUGGAUGAGAUCGUCAUGGCGGUUGCUGAUGCGCUGGGACCGGGGAAGAUCCAGAAACGACCCUGGGAGGAAGCUCUGCUGCUGCAGGACAUGAGUGUGACAGAGGUGGACUCCCUGCUGCUCCACCUGCAGAUAGAAGCCGUGUUCAUCAACCAGCUGUUCUCCUUCAGCUGGCGGUGUCGGUCCGGUCUGGUGGAGAACAUCCAUCUGGUGGUGGAGGAGUUCCGGAGAACCUGCGGCCUGCUGCCCAUCAGGGUGUGUGUCCUCGGCCCCCCCGCCGUGGGAAAGACCACCGUGUCCCUGCAGAUCUGUGAGCGCUACCAGCUGCACCAUGUCACCAUGGAGACGGCCGUGGCCGAGGCCGUGGACCAGCUGGAAGCGGCGAUGCAGACUCCAGGAUCUGGGGUCUCCCCAGCAGAACUGCAGGAGCUGCUCAGGGGUCUGAAGGACGACGGGGGCCAGUCAGGUGUUCUGGAGCAGCAUCUGCAGGUGUUGAAGACCAAGCUGAAGUCCCAGCCGUGCAGGGACCAGGGCUUCGUCCUCGAUGGAUUCCCCCUCACGUACGAGGACGGCUCGGAGCUGUUCACCGAAGACGAGGAGGAAUCGUCCCAGAGUUCCAUCAUGCCAGGGUUGCUGGUUCUGCUGGACGCCCCAGACGAGUUCCUGCUGGAGCGAGUCCUGGACCUGCCGGAGCAGCAGAUGGAGGAAUUGAACUACGACCCCGAGAGUUUCCAGGAGGAACUGGAAACCUUCAGAACCAAGAACCAGGACGAUGGAGGGGCCGCCGGGUUCUUCCUGGAGAAGGACGUAAAGACCCUGAACCUGGACGUCUCCCAGGACAACGAUCAGCUGAUGCAGCAGGUCUGGGAGGCCCUGGGACCCCCCAGGACCCUCAGACCCCCCAGGGAGGAGGAGGAGGAGGAGGAGGAGGAGAGGAGGAAGGCUGAGGAGACCAGGAGGAGGGAGGAGAGGGAGACUUGGGUUCUGGACCAGGUCCGGCAUCAGGAGGACCAGCUCCUGCAGGUCCAGUCGUCCCAGACCAGGAAGUACCUGAUGGAGCAGGUCGUCCCCCCGCUGGUCCGGGGUCUGCUGGAGGUCUGCAGGACCCGGCCCCCCGACCCGGUCCACUUCCUGGCGGAGUUCCUGCUGCAGGACGAGCUCCUCCACCCUCGGAGCCACGCCCCCUGAUGAGACCACGCC